AAGUAGAAGAAGAAGUUUGCGCCAAUGUUGUUUCAAAGCUCGUCAUGGCUGAGUCCAGUGCUUUGACGUGCGAAGAAAAGCAAGAUGAAAACGUGCCUGUUUACGAGUUUGUGGAUGUAAACUCUAAGGAGUUUCAUAUCGGCGCUUUUCGAGAUUUGUGGCUGGAUGUGUUGUCUCCGGAGGUGUAUUCAUACGCGGACACAGCUCCAGAGAUAGAGGACGUGGAGUUCAUCGAAGAGAUGGGGAUCGAGCCAAAGACCCUGGAGGAACUCAAAACCAUCUGCAGUGUUGAUUCUCUGAGAAGUCCACACGAAGACACAGACAAUGUACCAUCAGAUCUUCAUUUAUCCACUUUAAAAUUACGCAAGAGAAGACAAGACUAUAAAGAAACUCUCACCAGAGACACUGCUGACAGACAUGAAGUCUACGCCAAUGAAAUGGAGAUGAUGUCUGUGGGUAAGAAGCCUGAUAAUCACAGUGACCUGAUUCCUGAGGGAGAAAUCAUAUUGACCUUUAAUAUUAUGUAUCCCGUUCUGUUUCAGCGGUUUAAGUUCGUGAGGGCGUAUCAGACCCUGCAUGUGUUGGGCUCUCAAAAGCUGAGCGAUCUGAGAGAUGCCAUCUGCUGCGUCAGUGACCUGCAGGUGUUUGGAGAGUUCAGCAACACUCCCGAUAUGGUACCACAGUUCAUCAGCAAGGAUCAUUACAAGUCUGCUUUCUUCUUCUUUAAUGGAACGUUCUUCAAUGACACACGGUUCCCCGAAUGCCAAGACAUCAGCAAGACAACACGGGAGUGGACCAGAACCAGAGACUUCCCAGAAUUCAAGACUGCAAAGAUGGAGGACACGUCUUUCUAUGACCUGAAGAUUAAAGUCGGGUUUCCAUAUUUAUACACUCACCAGGGUGAUUGUGAGCAUGUUAUUAUCCUCACUGAUGUCAGACUUGUCCAUCAGGAUGACUGUUUGGACAUGAAGCUCUACCCACUCAUCACUCAUAAGCAUCGAGUCGUGACUCGGAAGUGUUCUGUGUGUCAUCUUUAUAUCAGCAGAUGGAUAACAACCAGUGAUGCUUUUGCCCCUACGGACCCCUGCCUGUUUUGUGACCAGUGCUUUCGGAUGUUUCAUUAUGAUGAUAAAGGGAGAAAACUAGGAGAUUUCCUGGCCUAUGCCUACGUUGAUCCAGGCACAUUUAAUUGAUCUUAAGCUUUAGAUGCACCACUAUGAUAUAGUUUCUAAAUGGUAAAUAGUUUUGUUCAUGGUUAAGAGUGUCAACAAUUAUGGUGUUGAAAGCUGUGUAUCCAGGAGUUAAAUUAUAAAUUGGGUGCUUAACCAAAUUCUCAUCACUAAAGUGAGUAAGAUGUGUUCAGUUUAAUUUUGCUGUAGCUCCGCUGUUAUUUAAGGGCCAAUGAAUGUACUUUAUUAGGGCACAAGCCCCUAGAAAGCCACUUGCAUUUUUUUCAAGGUUUUCACACAGUUUGCAAUCUGCAGCUCUCAGAGCUGGGUAGGGAUUCACAUGGAGGGGGGAAGGGGUCUGUCCAUGGCACAGUUUUAUAGAGCCAUUUUCAAAGGACUCUGUAGCACACUCCGUUUUACCUACAGUCACCAAAAUUCAUACACCUAUAGAUCUCCACCCUGAACAUCUUUCUUGUUGACCGACCCAACAGGAACUUGGCUAUUCAGGGUUUAGUGAAAACUGCAUGCUGUGGAAUUUAAGAUACUCCUCCUAGCGUUUUCAGCACAAUGUGUAGGUUAAUCUAGAAUUGUUUUGGAAAGUGAAUUAUGCAUAGGAAAAACCUUAAAAGAUAUUGUUCUCAACUUGGAUUUAAGCUAUGCAAAUAGAUCUAUGCAGUCACUAUUUACUCCCGGCCAAUCAAAACGCUGGAACUGAAAGGUACUUGAAAAUACCUCCUCCUCAGGAAAGAUUAAAAGGUUCUCUUCAACACAAAGAAGUGUGCUAAGAUGUUGUGGAUCUACUGUGUGCUAAGAAAAAUGUGAUAAGCCAAGAUGUGCUAAGCUGCAAGGAAAUUUGAGGAGUUUUAUAACUGCCACAGCAACUAUUGGUCCUCCAUUUGUGAGAUCCAAAGUAGUAGGAUAUUCUCCCACAGUUUCAGAAUCGUCUCGUAAUCAGCGAUCCUUUUCCUGCAUGUUCCAGGUUGUCUGGAUCUUCUAUACAGACUUCAGAACCUUCACCUUCAAGUCUCCUCUGUUUGUGUGUUUGCAGACCAAGGACAUUUUCCAUGCUCAGGACUUUAUUGUUCACUAGUGCUUUGUGUUUAAGACUGAAAUAGAGCGGACUCAUUUCUUCCCACUUUAGCAUUGUCCAGAUCAACAAGUGGAUGAAGUUGCGACCCAGACGCAUUUAGUUGUCAAUCAAGAAUAAGGUUUACCUUAUUAUUUCCAGGGAACUACAUUUUCCAUAAGAUAACGUCCAUAGCAACAUCCAACUCUGUCACUUGCACCUACCAAUCUUUUGCACUUUAUCCAUUCUUUGUACCCAUUUAGUAGUUGUAAGUUACUCUUGUCUUUUCUUUUGUUAAUAAAAACCCCAUUUAUUA